UUCGUAGGAUAAACGUAUAUUUUCAGCAAAAAACGUUAAAUAUCUGCACUUAAGCGGUAUCAGCAGACGAUCGGAACAAAGCCAACGACUUUACCAACCUAUUUGUGCAACAACCGGGCGUUGGAAAACGUAGGAAAGCCCCUGUUCUCCGACAAAAUGGCCGUGAUCUUGGUGACCGGCAUGCCUGGAGUCGGAAAAACGACCAUCGUGCGACGCAUUGGAGACGAAUUGGGUCGACGUAACGUUCCCAUCGCCGGGUUCUACACGGAAGAAGUACGUAACUCAACGUCCGGCGAGCGGAUCGGGUUCGACGUGGUGACAUUCAGUGGCCAGCGGGCCCCACUAGCAAAGAUUCAAACUGGCCAAACACGACCGCAGGGUCCCACCGUCGGUCGGUAUUCCGUUUGCUUAAAGGAGUUUGAGUCACUUGCCAUCGCUGCCCUGGACAAACGCCAUCAGCAAUCCAGCGACGGAAUGCUUCUGUUGGACGAAAUAGGCAAAAUGGAGCUCAAAUCGCGCGCUUUCCAGGAGAGUAUGCAAGCGAUUGUCGGCGAGGUGGCGGCAAAGAAGCUGCGGUUUGUUGCCACCAUUCCGCUGAAAUCGACCGGGAUCGAUCUAAUCGAACGGCUAAAACUUGUCCCCGGAUGCCUUCUGUUUCAUGUGAAACCAUCGAACCGGGACGCAAUGUACGAACAAAUAAAAGAUGCCUGCCUAAGCGUGGUAUCGAAGUGAUGGGUGCUAGAGUCGGAUAAAUUGAUUUUGUGUGUA